AUGAAAUAGAGAUCCUCCGCGCCACUAGGGGGCAACAUACUUUUAGAUAAGAGUACAACACAAYAUACAGAGCUGCCGUGUAUGUUUUAGCAAAACAGCGGAGAAGUAAGGAAGAAGACAGAAAUACCACCACAGAAAGAUGUUAAAUUAGGUUGUUUUCUCAUGUUUUAUCUCUGUUUGUUGUCUGACGGUAUGUUUAGUUUGUCAGCGCACAGAGGAGCUGGUCUCGUGCUGUAAACAGCGUGCUGACAUUAAAAGAGUUAGGAUCUUUCUUUUUUUCCUUCUUUCUUUUUCUUACUUCUGAGCAUCGAUGAGGAAACCCAACCCUACCUCCAGAGUGGUAAACAAGACCUCCGGGCUCCUCCCGAGUUAGCUACCAACCUGAUUAAAAAGAUUACAGCAGAAUGACAGAGGAUGACGUCCUGCUGGAUGUACCAGUCAUUCGGCAGCUGUACCACUGGGACUGUGGCUUAGCCUGCUCCAGGAUGGUCCUAAAGUACCUGCACCCUGUGAGYGAUGAGGACUUCCAGAGAGCAUGCUGGGAGCUGAAGCUGACGGAGAGCGUGUGGACCAUCGACUUGGCCUACCUCAUGUUCCAUCUAGGAGUCAGACACUGCUUCUGCACUCAGACUCUCGGUGUGGAUAAAGGCUUUAAAAACCAGUCCUUCUAUAAGAAACAUUUUGAUACAGAGGAGGAUCGAGUCAACAAACUCUUUCUUAACGCAGACAGCAAAGGUGUGGUGGUGAAGAAAUGUUCGGUGACAAUUCAGGAAAUCCAGUCUCAUCUGGAGCAUGGCCAUGUUGCCAUAGUCCUGGUCAACGCUGUGGUCCUGACAUGUGAGCUGUGCUCCUCGCCCGUCAAGUACUGCUGCUUCCUGCCCGUGGGACAGAAGUGUUUCUGCAGGAGGCCGGAGUACCAGGGUCACUUUGUGGUUGUGUGUGGCUUCAACGCAACCACCGGCUGCAUCUUCUACAACAACCCUGCAUAUUCUGACCGCGUGUGCUGCACCAGCAUCAGUAACUUUGAAGAGGCCAGGCGGAGCUACGGGACCGAUGAGGACAUCCUCUUCAUCUUCAAGGAGAGCUGAUGGACGUCCAGUCGUCACCCCCCACCCCCCGGCUGCUCUCUCCGCGGCUCGUCUGCUUUUGAACAUUCACACACCAAAACGACUCGCCCUUUGAAGUCGUCUCAGCGAGGAGAGUUAAAACUCGAGGAACUUUUUAUUUUUCUCUCUCUCGUUGUUUAAGAGGAGCGGAUGGUUCAAAUGAAUUUUACUGUUUUUGUUGAAUUUUAAUGACUCUUCAGGUUCCGUCAAGUGUGUCGUUACACUCUGAGGCUCAGAGUUGAGCAGCUUUGGAUGAAAUUUGGGAAACAUUAGUUUAGAAUGUGAAAACCCAGGAAAUCUAGCGUGCACACRAUUCAGGGCUUCUGGCUAAACGACAGUAUUGUGCGUUGAAUCUAUUUUGUGUUUUGUGUCGACGUGAAGCUGCUCAUCUCCAGCCCUCAGCCUCUCCUCUUACUGCCUUUUUAAGAAACUCACUUUUAAUUGAAACGAGUCGAUCAACAGGGAAAACGGGAGCGGUGGUGUUCGGGGGUCUCAGGUAAUCAGCGUUCUGACGUGACAUCAGUGCAAUAGUUGUUUGUGUAUCUCAGUGCCAGCAGAAGAACAUAACCAGACUGAAUGAAGUGUUUGUUCGUCGCUCAUCCUCCCGCUUUGUGUUCUGCUGCCGUAAUAACGUGUUGGAUGUCCUUAACACUACUUUCCUUUUCAUCCCUCAGUUUUAGUUCUUUGUUUUAAAGUUACAGUCGUGGAAACUUUUGCACUACAUUUUUCAAACCAGACACGAUGCCGUUGUUUAAAUUAAAAUGCUUUAAAAUCAUCUUUGGUUCUGCUUUUAAACCUUUUUUUUUUUUUAAUCCUGUAAUCAUUUGUCUGUCGGUGUGUUAGCAAAAUAUCCCAUGAACCACUGGGAUGAUUCUAAAUAAACUCAAAGUAAUCCUCGGACGUCCAUCUAAUUAACUACUGGAGUGAACAGAACAAACACUGAGGUGUGGUAGUAGCUGAGAGUCAUCCUCUAACAGCUCACACGACAGCUUUGUUUCAAAACUCUGUUGAAGGUGGCAGGAGUUAAUUAAGACGUGUUUCUUUUUUAUUUAACAAACAUUUAGUUCAUUUAAAAGAGAAUUAAAAGAAUGAAACGUU